AUGAUGAUGAUGAUGAUGAUGAUGAUGAUGAUGAUGAUGAUGAUGAUGAUGAUGAUGAUGAUGAUGAUGAUGAUGAUGAUGAUGAUGAUGAUGAUGAUGAUGAUGAUGAUGAUGAUGAUGAUGAUGAUGAUGAUGAUGAUGAUGAUGAUGAUGAUGAUGAUGAUGAUGAUGAUGAUGAUGAUGAUGAUGAUGAUGAUGAUGAUGAUGAUGAUGAUGAUGAUGAUGAUGAUGAUGAUGAUGAUGAUGAUGAUGAUGAUGAUGAUGAUGAUGAUGAUGAUGAUGAUGAUGAUGAUGAUGAUGAUGAUGAUGAUGAUGAUGAUGAUGAUGAUGAUGAUGAUGAUGAUGAUGAUGAUGAUGAUGAUGAUGAUGAUGAUGAUGAUGAUGAUGAUGAUGAUGAUGAUGAUGAUGAUGAUGAUGAUGAUGAUGAUGAUGAUGAUGAUGAUGAUGAUGAUGAUGAUGAUGAUGAUGAUGAUGAUGAUGAUGAUGAUGAUGAUGAUGAUGAUGAUGAUGAUGAUGAUGAUGAUGAUGAUGAUGAUGAUGAUGAUGAUGAUGAUGAUGAUGAUGAUGAUGAUGAUGAUGAUGAUGAUGAUGAUGAUGAUGAUGAUGAUGAUGAUGAUGAUGAUGAUGAUGAUGAUGAUGAUGAUGAUGAUGAUGAUGAUGAUGAUGAUGAUGAUGAUGAUGAUGAUGAUGAUGAUGAUGAUGAUGAUGAUGAUGAUGAUGAUGAUGAUGAUGAUGAUGAUGAUGAUGAUGAUGAUGAUGAUGAUGAUGAUGAUGAUGAUGAUGAUGAUGAUGAUGAUGAUGAUGAUGAUGAUGAUGAUGAUGAUGAUGAUGAUGAUGAUGAUGAUGAUGAUGGUUUGUGAAGACUAUUUCUAA